CUCCAACAAGAACGAGAGUUUUUUCUCCAUGUGUACAGAGUUUGCGCGGACAAGAAAACAAGCCGGCAAUAUUGUCUUGACGCGGAGUCAAUAAUAGAUUCAACUGAGAGCAUCAUUGGCUCAUAUUAUCACGAUGAUGGCUGAUUCCCGGUCGGGUCCUAUUGGAACUGGAAACAAUUCUCGCGUUAUCACUCAGAAUGCGACAAUUAUCGAGGAACAGAGUAGUGAAAAAGAUACUUCCCAUGAUAAAUUAAAUCAGGCAACGCAAGAACCGCCACCACCGCAGUUGAAAGAAGGGCGAUUAUGGCUGAUAUUAGGGAGUCUCUGGGUUAGAAUCUUCGAAAUUACCAUAUAUAUGCACACGCUGACACAUCUUAGGUGGGGGUAUUGCUGGUUGCGCUUGGUAUGUGAUUUAAAAUAUAUAUUCCACUGUUUUGAUGCUAGAGGGUUCAAUCCAGAAAAAUAUUAAUGAGUGAAUUAUAGACGAAACGAUGAUUGCCACAAUAGCGGUUCCUAUCACGACGACUCUCCAUUCCUUCUCGAGCUACGCAUGGUUCACAACCACCUAUCUUAUAGGAAGCUCAGUCUCUCAAGCUCUUAGUGGCUACCUCACCGAUCUCUUCGGUCGUCGCAAGGGACUUACUGUUUGUUACGCUCUCUUCACACUGGGGAUUCUCCUUUGCGGUGUUGCAUCCAAUAUGCCUAUGUUUCUUGCUGGUAGAGUACUGCAAGGUUUGGGGGGUGGGGCGAUAUGUUCCAUCACCGCGUAUGUCGAGACGGACCUCAUUCCCAUGGAGCGAAGGGCAUUCAUUGAAGGGCUUGCCAAUGUCUGUUAUGGGGUUGUCCUCGCGCUUGGUGGCAUAUACGGUGCAGCCGUGGACCAUUCUAUCGGAUGGAAAUGGGCUUUCUUGAUUCAAAUUCCUGUUCUUGUGGGUGACGGAGUGAUCGUCUUCUUCAUUGUCAAAGUGCGGGACGAGAAGAAGGAUUGGAGCAAUGCACUUCGUCAUAUUGAUCUGGUUGGCAUGAUUCUACUUCUAGGGGCGAUUGUUUGCUGCGAAUUUGGUCUCAACAUUGGAAGCACGCGCUUGGUUUGGUCCACACCCGACGUCAUCACGCCUCUUGUCAUUGCGGGUGUAUGCCUUCUGGUUUUCGUCUUCUGGGAGUUGAGAGUUGCAACAAAUCCAGUCGUGCCAAUAGGUGCUGUUACCGGACGAACAGUUGGAUCAAUCUUGAUCUCGUCCUUUUUAUCUACUGGGUGCUUCGUGAGCAUCAUGUUCUACGCCGUCCUCUACCUGCAAAUUCUGGGUCUCUCAAAUGUUGCUUCUGGGUUAAGGCUCGUCCCUCUCUCAAUCUCUUUUGCAUUAGGCUCCAUGAUUACUGGAUGGAUAGUGGAGUUUACGCAUCGAUAUUACUAUAUUAACAUUGGCUUACAAGCUAUAUCAGCACUGGGUUACGGGCUUCUCUGUAUGCUGGAUUCCGAGACCCCUUCGUGGCAACCAUUUGUUUUCCUCGCUAUUCUAGGACUUGGUAUCGGGGGAACCUACGUCACAAAUCUUAUGGGCAUACUGACAUCAAUUCCAAACGAACACCAAGCGACAGUUCAAGCUGUCUCAUGGUCUGUGAGAGCCAUUGGUGUAGCCAGUGGCUUGACUAUAUCAUCGGUUAUCUUUCAAACUGUUUCGCGAACAUAUCUACAUGACCAUUUGAAUGAUGAUACUCUGGUCGAGCAAUUCAGCAACACCAUUGCGUUAGAUUCUCCUAUUUUCAAAGGUCUGGAUCGACCUACGCAAGAGAUGAUCAAGGAAGGAUAUAUGGAGUCUACGGGAGCAGUGUUCUAUUUCUUAUUGGCCCUGGCGGUGCUCAGUAUAUUUUUCAGUCUGUUUAUCGAGAACAACGUUAUCACGAAUGCAGAUAGCAAUGAUAGCACCGAUUAA